ACGGGUCCAAGAGGGCGGGUAAAGGCAUGACAUUGUUGGAGCAGCAGCACAACUUGCAGGUAGACCACAUAAAACCUGAUCAGAGCACCCAUCAGCAACUGCUUGGACUGGGACAAUGACACGAAUACUCCUACUGUGGCUUCUCUUUCUAAACGCCUCGCUCAAACCCUCAGAAAGCCACAAUCCAACCUUCGAGGUGGGGACGGACUAUGAGGUGGUUCGACCUGUCAGACUUCAUGCAGUAAGGAAAAGAAGCUCAGAGCAACACCGACCAGAGACAAUUAAAUAUGCAAUGACUGUUGGAGGAAAACACAUUCAUCUGCAACUUGAGAAAAAUAAUGAGUUACUAACCCAAGACUACACAGAAACCUACUACGAAGAAGAUGGAACUCGAGUCACCAUAAGCCCAAAUGACGUGGAUCACUGCUACUACCAUGGAAAGAUUGUGAAUGACAGUGAGUCAUCUGUUAGCAUCAGUACGUGUCAUGGACUAAGGGGUUACUUCAGGACAGCUGCCCAGAGGUACCUAAUAGAGCCUCUCUCUCCUGACGAUAACGGCGACCAUGCUGUGACAACUGUUAACGACAAGACCUUCACGCCUGCAGUGUGUGGCGUUACCAACACCUCCUGGAGCAAUGACACAGAACCUCCAACAGGCCGGAGCCGGUCCAGAUCUGGGGGUAUUUCUAUUCUCCAGCAGCAGAAAUAUAUUGAGCUUGUUCUUGUAGCUGAUAAUCGAGCGUACAUAAAGAUGAACAGAGAUCUGACCAAGAUGAGACAGAGGAUAUUUGAAAUCGUCAACUUUGUCAACAUGGCAUACAAACCCCUAAAUACCUUCAUCGCUCUGGUGGGACUGGAAAUCUGGUCUACAAAUGACUUGAUCUCUGUUACCAACCCUGCUGGAGCCAACCUGAAUGCCUUCAUGACAUGGAGAAACUCCGAGUUGGUGAAAAGGACAAAACAUGACAACGCACACCUCAUCAGUGGGAUAGACUUUGAAGGAGCAACAGUGGGUCUGGCUUUCAUCGGGACUCUCUGCACUGACAACUCAGUCGGGGUAGUACAGGAUCACAAUAACCAAGCUAUUGCAGUAGGAGCCACUCUGGCCCAUGAGAUGGGCCACAACCUGGGCAUGGGCCAUGACGACUCCAGUGCCUGUGCUUGUUCUGGGGACAGCUGCAUCAUGGCUGCAGCCCUCAGCUGGAAUAUUCCACGCACAUUCAGUAGCUGCAGCACCAUCAACUACGAAAGGUACCUGACAAACCGUAACCCCAGCUGCAUCUUGAACAAACCAGACUACAUGAAGAUUAUGGCUCCUGCAGUCUGUGGGAACGGCUUUUUGGAAAAAGGAGAGCAGUGUGAUUGUGGCACUGUGCAGGAAUGCAGCAACCCAUGCUGCAAUGCCACCACAUGCACCCUGACAGCAGGUUCUCAGUGUGCUGAAGGCGAGUGCUGUGACAACUGUAAGAUCCAGCCUCGGUCCAAGGAGUGCCGCAGGAAGCAGGAUGACUGCGAUCUGGCAGAGUACUGCGACGGGAAGAGCGCCACCUGUCCUGAAGAUGUGUUCGCUGUGAAUGGAAUCCCGUGUGAAAAGGGUUUAGGAUACUGCUACAAUGGCCAGUGUCCACAGAGGUCAAACCAGUGCAUUAAGCUCUAUGGGACCACUGCCACUGAGGCCCCUUCAUCCUGCUACGAAACCAUCAACACCAGAGGAUUGUACUACGGCUUCUGCAGACGUCUCUCCAAUUCCCAGUUCAUCCCCUGCCAGGCACAAGAUGUUUUGUGUGGGAAGCUCUAUUGCCAUGGUGGCAAUAAUGAACCAAACUACGGCCGUGCGGUCUCAGUCGGGACCUGCAAGGGAUCUUUCUUUGGAGACUACACCAAAGACUACGGGCAGGUGGAUGAAGGCUCUGUAUGUGGAGAUGGAAAGGUGUGCAGCCAGAAUCAGUGCAUGGAUCUUGAAAGUGCUUACAGAAACACAAACUGUUCAGCAAAAUGCCAGGGCAACGCAGUGUGCAAUCACAGGAGUGAGUGUCAGUGCAUUCCUGGUUGGUUGCCUCCUAACUGCGAAGCAAAGGAUGACGCUUUCAGUAGUCUUUCAACCGGAGCAACCAUUGCAAUCUCCAUGGCUGUUAUUCUGGUGGUCCUCGGCCUUGUUUUUGGUGCUGUGGGGUUCAUGUGGAGGAAGAAACACAGUCCCACUCUGCCAGUUUCGCAGAUGUACAGGAAGCCACCACCAGCCAGCAGCUCUGCUCCACAUAUCAACCAAAACCACACCAUCAGUCAGCCCAUGCCGCUAAGACAGGCACCAAAACUGAAGCCCAAAGGGACUCCACCUCCACCACCUCCAGCAGGGAACCGACCCAAACCACCGAGCCAGAACUACAUAGCUGCACGCCAGGCUCUGAGACCUGUACCUCCACCAAAGGUCUGACGUGCAGCACAGUGCCAAGUGUUAGUAAGCCCAGGGAGUCCUUCCUUAUGGUCUUCAACAAAAGGCUGCUGGCUGUCCACAGAAACAGAAGUCCUGUCUCCAUGGUCUCCUGCAUUUCUAAACUGCAGCACCUGAGCCUUAACAAAAAGUACAAACUGAACUCUGUUAAUGUGUGGCAUCUACGAUGGAAUUCACAGGGAUUCACUUUAUGUUUUGAUAUGGCACAUUUCUAUAUAAACUCGCCCUGAAUGUAAUAAAUGCAUAUUAUUUUGUAACCUUGUUGGGACAAAGCAGCUUUUAGCAUCAGUGUUCUAUCAGUUUCUAUGUCACCCCUCUGGAAACCCCUGAUGGUGGAAUGUUUGUGGAAUCGGCCCAGGUUUGAAGGUGAGGCGGUGGUUCGCAACAAUGCUCUGCAAAAUGCUGCAUGCUUGGAUUUCAUGUUCAAUAUCAAGCCAUGGCUAUGUUAGGAAAACUGUGAAAUGUGAUUAUGAUUUUUAGAUUUAUAUUAUAUUUACGGUCAUUUUAAAGUACAAGCUGCAUUUUUUUUAAAUACCUUUACUCAUGUUUACACCAAAGUACACCAAAUCAUUAAAUGUCUGCUGGUCAUUUAACAUGAUUUCCAGGUGAAUAAAUAACUAUUAGAGGUAGACUAAACGAAA